AGUUCAAAGUUGUGGGCUAUGAAAUAUUUGAGCUCUAGCCCUGCACCAAUCUUUUCAAGUUCUCAACUGAAACAGUGAAACUCUAAAGAAACAUCAAACAUGGCCAUACUGCUUUCCCUCUUCUUCAUUUCUCUCUUUCUCUUCCUUUCAUUCAAAUUCAUCACCGCUGAUGGGGAUUUCACUUUGAUGUCUAAAAGGCAUGUAAAGCGCGAAGAAAUUGAAGAUAAGGUUGUUUGGAUUACUGGAGCUAGCCGCGGAAUCGGGGAGAUUCUUGCUAAACAACUUUCAAGAUUAGGUGCCAAGCUUAUUCUUUCUGCACGGAAUGAAGCUGAAUUGGAGCGAGUCAAGAAGCAGCUCGUUGGUAAACAUGCACCUGAUGAAGUGAAGAUUUUACCGUUGGAUUUGACAUCUGGGGAAGAUUCUCUCAAAGAGGCUGUGGAGAAAGCAGAAUCGUUUUUUCCGGGUGCUGGUGUUGAUUAUAUGAUCCAUAAUGCAGCUUUUGAGCGUCCUAAAGCGUCAGCUUUGGAUGUUACCGAGGAAAGCCUUAAGGAAACAUUCAAUGUAAAUGUUCUGGGGACAAUAUCGCUGACACGGCUCUUGGUGCCUUUCAUGCUAGAGCGGGGGAGGGGUCAUUUUGUUGUGAUGAGCAGUGCUGCAGGAAAGACACCUGCACCAGGUCAGGCCGUAUACUCGGCUUCUAAAUAUGCUCUAAAUGGGUACUUUCACACCUUGCGCUCUGAGCUCUUCUGGAAAGGAAUUAAGGUGACUGUUGUCUGUCCUGGGCCAAUAGAAACAUCCAAUGAUUCUGGGAUAAAAACCGCAGAAAAGAAGGGUUCUUCUGAGAAGCGUGUGCCAUCGGAACGAUGUGCUGAGCUCACUAUUAUUGCUGCCACCCAUGGUUUAAAGGAAGUUUGGAUAGCAUAUCAGCCUGUGCUUGCUGUUAUGUAUGCGGUGCAGUACAUGCCAACCAUUGGCUAUUGGCUCAUGGACAAGAUCGGUGGGAAGCGAGUAGAAGCUGCUGCACAGAAGGGAAACACUUAUUCAUUGAGCUUACUGUUUGGGAAAAAGAAGGCAGCAUAGAAAGCUGUCUACAAUGUACUAGAUAGUAAAUAAAUGCAACCGCUUCUGUAGAUUCUGCGUAAUUCACGCAUCAACAAAAAAAAAUCUAGUCAAGUUGAUCUCUACAAGUUUUUAAGAGUUGUCAACCUGUGUUUAGGUUUUGAGGGAAACAGUUUUGGAUAUCA